UGCUGUUCAGCAGGACGACAUGCUUGCAACUUACACCUACCUAGAGCUUUGUGAAAACGUUUUCAUCCGUGCCCGUCGUAACAUAUCUUGCACCGAUGGCAACCUUACCAUCCUGUUUUGCGUAGCGUAGAGCACCUCACACCCUAAGCGCAAAGCAGCCGAGAUAAAGCUAUGCCGUGGGAAUUCACAGAACACCAUGUGCGGCCAAAUGUCUUCUACUGGUCGCCAACCGCCUACAAAGAGCGCAACGAGGUCAAGACUCGUCGCGAGCAGGCGCAAGCAGCCUAUAAUGAAGCGAAGGUUGCCUCCUCCGAAAGCCGGCAUGCGGACGCGGAGCAGCUGCUACUGCACUCCGUGACCGCCUGGCCGGACAACCCGCGCUUCCUGCUGGCUCUGGCCAACUGCAUCUUCCUGGACCGGGGCCGCCCCGAGGAGGCGCUGCAGUGGUACGACGAGGCCAUCCGGCUGCGCGACUGCCCCGCCUACCGCGCUGCCCGCUGCCGCGCCCGCUCCGCCCUGGGGCAGCUGGAGGGGGCGCUGGAGGACGCGAGCGGGGCGGCGGAGGGGGAGCCGCAGAACGCCGACUACCAGUUCUCCCGCGCGCUGCUGCUGGAGCGGCUGGGGCGCUUCCAGGCGGCGCUGGAGGGCUUCGGAGCGGCGCUGCGGCUGCUGCGGGCGGAGGGGCGACCCAUCUUCGAGUGCCUCUUCAACCGGGGAUACUGCUACAAGAUGCUGGGUCAGACGGACGCCGCCAUCACCGAGCUGGAGGCGGCCAUGGCGCAAAACACCACCAGCAUGACUGUGCGGACCGUGCUAGGGGUGCUGUACGUCUCCCGCCGCCGCUACGCUCGCGCGCUCGACGUCUUCUCCGUCGUCGCCGCCCAGCAGAGCGCCUCCGCCUCCGCCGCCAACAACGCCGCACUCGCCGCCUACCUCGCCGUGACGAGCGACUUUGACGACUCGUCGCCCGCCACUCGCGCGGCCUCCGCGGCGGCGCUGAAGCAGCGAGCGGCGCGCAUGGCGACUGUGUCGGCGGCACGGAGGGAGGGGGGGGCGACGGCAGACUCCGUCGAGGGCUCCCCCAGCCGCCUCCGCCGUCGCUACGCGGCGGGCAGCGGCAGGGUGCAGGCGGCGGUGGCGACAGCGGAAAUACUCAGGAAUGCCCGCGGCCGAGCUGCCACCUCCCUGCUGGACUCGGAUGAUGACGGUGAUGAUGAUGAGAAGGAGGAGGUGGCGGCGGUGGGGCAGGCCCCCCACCGCCUGCCCCCCAUCAGCCUCAGCCGCAACCCCAGCCUCCGACCCGCCACCGCCCCCUCCGCCCCCUCCCCCUCCGCCUCCCACCACCCCUCCACCUCCAAUCCCGGCAGGGACACCGCACCAGGCAAGCAAGACCACCGCACGCGGCAGGGGGGCCGUCACCCGGAGGAGGGUGACCAGGGUGACGACGGCAGCAGCACCGACAGCAGCAGCAGCAGCAGCUCCUCAGAUGAUGAGGGAGGGGGAGAGGAAGCCCGUGGAAUCACGGGGGGCGGUACGGCAGGAGGAGGAGGAGGAGGAGGCGGGGGCGGAGAGCCCCUCCCCACCGUGUACCUUCCCGCUGAUCCCCGGCAGUGGGCUGCGGAUGUGGUGCGGGAGAAUGAGAGUCAGACGGUGUGGGAGGCGGACAAGCGGAGCGCGCUGGAGGGGGCGUUAAGGGGCUUUGACGCGGCGCUGUCCAACCAGGAGGCGAGGAUGGCGGAGGAGAGGAAGCAGG